CGCCAAACCCCCAGGCCAUCUCAGCGCGUCAUGAAAGCCGCUGGAGCGCCCGGCUACGGCCACAUCCGUGUCGUAGGUGACCCUUCACUGAGCUGAAGCGCCGCACCUCCACCCCUCCCCCGACCUUUUUUUUGCCUUUGCAGAUGUAGAAUCUCAGGGUCCUUACACAGGCUGAUUUGCUCUUUUCGUCUACUUCAUCAAACUAUUCGGAUACCUGGCGACAUCGUGUGUAGCUGCUAGGAGCUUCUUCGUUACUGGCUAACUUGUUUUAAAACUCUGGCUUAUACCCACACACGCACACAAGCACGUCUCUUGUAUCCAACGCCUCGGCAAUCAUGUUCUCUCGAUAGCUCUCGGUUACCGUUCUUUCUUCUACCGCUGUUGUCUUUACCCAAAGUCGCAAAAUCAUAUAUACUACAUGUCAUCAAAUCAACCACACACUCCGACACCCUCCGGCCCUACGUUGCCGCCUGGGCUUUGUGGCUCCCGGUUCGACGAACAGCAGCAUACGCUGGAAUACUCUGGCCCGAACCCUGCCAUGACAGACCAAGAUACAAUAGGCUGCGAUUCUCCUCCUCCCUCCGCAUCCCGUCUCUCUCCUCACACUCUCCUCAACUUAUUUAUUUGUCGAAUAUGCACCAAACCGUACCGCGACGCUACGACACUACCAUGCGGGCGAACCAUGUGCAAGGCAUGCGUGCCGACGACAUACGACCGCAUAGAUAUCUCAUAUCCGGCUGACCCUGAGCGACAAAAAGGCUUCAUCUGCCCGAUAAAAGAUUGUGCAAAGGAACAUACGAUUGGGGACUGCGCAACAGAUGUUGUCCUGAAUAAGUUGGCAGAGCAUCUGCGCGAUGCUUUGCGGGCUAGUGAUGCUGAUGGCGUUGCUGAUAGCUCGAGUCUAUUGAAGGAGUUUACAACAAUAUGGAACAACGCAGAAUUAAACGGCACAUCUGACGACGACAAGGAAGGGGCUGAGACGGCCGUUGAGCAGAUAUCCCGAGAAGCCGACGAAUUUGACAAUAUUCAAACAAUGAGCCGGAGCGAAAUGGAUUGCCAAAUAUGCUACGCUCUCUUUCAUGAUCCUAUUACCACUGGCUGCGGCCACACCUUCUGCCGCUCAUGUCUUUACCGCAUCCUCGACCACUCUCGAUACUGUCCCAUAUGCCGGCGUAAGUUGGCCAUUUCGCCGCGCCUGACGCUGGAAUCGUGUCCAGCUAAUGAGGCUCUGUCCAAUAUCAUCACAACGUGUUGGCAAGCCGAAUCGAUAGCGCGAGCCGACAUGCUCGCUGCUGACGAAGCGGCCAGACGGAACGAUUUGGGAGUACCGCUCUUCAUAUGUACCCUUGCUUUCCCACAAAUGCCCACCUUCUUGCACAUUUUUGAACCGCGGUACAAGCUCAUGAUCCGCCGCGCACUCGACAACGACCGCACGUUUGGCAUGGUGCAGCCAAAGCGGCCGCGGCAUAGUGGCGAUGCCAACUUCUACGAGUUGGGCACGUUGAUGCGCAUCGUAAAUGCCGAGUUUUAUCCCGAUGGUCGCUGCCUGAUUGAGACCAUUGGGCUCUCCCGCUUUCGUGUUGUUCGUCAUGGCUCCGUCGAUGGCUAUGCCGUCGCUGAGACAGAACGUAUCCACGACAUCAGUCUUGAGGAGGAAGAGGCCCUCGAAGCGCUACAGGUCUCUGGUAUCCGGACCCAGGGCGUAACGCUUCUCGAAAUUCCCAUUGAUCAGCUGAAUAAUGAGGCUACUGGCCAGCCUCGAGUGCCGAAUCCCAACCCGCCGCUGGCCGCGCGCGUGCCUCCCGCCAUUUUGCAGGACCUGGAUACCUUGCCGACGCAGGACCUGGUGCGGUUUGCCCUCGAAUUUGUAGAUCGUAUGAGAGAACGCAGCGCCCCGUGGCUAGCGGACAACGUACUCGAUAUAUAUGGCGAGUGCCCGCGGGAUCCGGCCGUCUUCCCCUGGUGGCUGGCUAGCAUCUUGCCCAUUAAAGCACGCGAGAAGUACAGACUACUGAGCACGUCGAGUGUCCGCUCGAGGCUCAAGAUUUGCUGCUCGUGGAUUCUGGAGUGGGAAGGUAGAAUCUGGUAGGUUUUCGAAGAAGACGUUGGCGACGGCGUGAUAGAAGCGGUGCGCUGACAUUGUCUAGGCCACUUAGUAGUUGUCCCAUUCUUUAGCGACUUGUUUUAUUUUCUCUUCACUUGGAGACGGCGUUGGACUGGGUAAAAUGUAAUAGAUUAGGUAGCAUGGCAGGUAGCGAAAUCAUUUCAUCCCUUCG